AUGGCGGAACAAUCACUAAAGACCCCGUCGUCCUCAACAAGCUCCGGAAUAUUCAACGAGAAGAAAUUGCGAGUUCUACGUGCACUAAUCGGCACGUUUAUCGGAGAGCUCGAAGAAUCAGAACAAGAGAUUCUUAUGAAAAGUGGCGCCAAGGUUGUCACUAGUCACACGAAACAUGUCGAGGAGCUUGGCAAAUAUGAUUUAUCAAAGGUCGAGGAUUUCUUAGAUAGAAUUCAAGAUAAGCUUGUGAAGCAUGUUCCUAAUGAUAAAGUUCAACAAAUUGAUUUCGCACUUAAAGUGAUGUCGAAUGGUUUAACCGCAUAUCCACUUACCGGUUACGCGAAACCUUUCUAUGAACUUAACAAGAAACAACGAGAAGCAGUGUUACUAAGAUGGAGCACAAGCAAUCAAGGUUUCCAACGAAAAACCUUUCGAAACUUUUAUCUUUUGAUUUGCACCAAUUUUUGGUUGUCGCCAUACCAUUUUUAUCCGGCGAUAGGAUACCCAGGAGCAGACCCGGAGGCUAAAGGAGAACGAUUCACGAGCAAGGAGUUUCCUCGGUUCGAAUUUAUAGAUCCUCCUGCUAGCUCUUCCUCAAAAGAGACGGAGUUAACCUUCGAUGUGAUUAUAGUUGGAUCGGGAGCUGGCGGUAGUGUCGCUGCGGCGGAAUUAUCGAAAGUGGGAUAUAGUGUAUUGGUUAUUGAGAAAGGAAAAUAUUAUCAUCAACGUGAUCUCACUUUGGAACAAGCUGAUGCUACUGAAAAGUUGUACGAAAAUGCCGGAUUGGCAAUCUCGGAAGAUGGAAGCUUGGGUAUUCUUGCUGGAUCUACUUUUGGCGGUGGUACUACAAUAAAUUGGUCUGCUUCAUUAAGGCCGCAACAUUUUGUGCGGGAAGAAUGGGUCAAACAAGGGCUUGGCUAUUUUCUCACCGAAGACUAUCGAAGAUCCUUAAACGUAGUAUCGGCAAGAAUGGGCGUAACAGAUGAGAACAUCGUUCACAACGUCAGUAACAAAAUAUUGAUAGAAGGUUGUAAAAAACUAGGAAUUCAAGUGGAAACGGUACCACAAAAUUCCGCCGCAAAACAACAUAAAUGUGGGUGGUGCACAUUCGGCUGCAAAUAUGGUGAAAAGCAAGGAUCAAUCAUGACAUUCUUGAAGGAUGCGAAAGAUAACGGAGCGAAAUUCCUUCAAGAUUGUUUCGUUGAGAAAGUCUUGGUGGAGAACGGAAAAGCUUCUGGGGUGUUAGCGAGAGUCGGAGAUGAUGAUGAUCAUCAAUUUGUUGUACGCGCUAAGAGGGUCAUUGUUGCUGCUGGUGCUAUUCAUAGUCCGGCGUUGUUGCUUCGAAGUGGAUUGAAAAAUAAAAAUAUCGGGAAAAAUCUUUAUACACAUCCCUGCGUCUUGCUAUAUGGAAUAUUUGAUAAGGAUGUCCACGCUUAUAAGGGCACAAUUCUUACAGCAGUCUCGAAUGUGGUAGAAAACGUGGACGGGAAUCACUAUGGAGCCAAAAUUGAAGUUCCUACUUUACAUCCAUCCACAAUUUCAUAUUCGUUUCCUUGGAAAUCAUCUCUACAACAUAAAUUACUAAUGACACAGCUAAAUCAUAUGGUUGCGUUAGUUGUGUUAACGCGCGACAAAGAUAGCGGCCGAGUUGUUAUUGAUUCAGAUGGCAAACCACGUAUUCAUUAUACAAUAAGUCAACACGACAGCAAAAGCAUCGUCGCUGGUCUUAUCGCUGGUCUAAAGAUUCUUGUCGCGGCUGGCGCAAAGAAAGUUGGGACGGGACAAGCGGGCAUCGAUGAGUUUGUGACCGCUAAAGAGCAUCCACUGAAUGACCCGCAAUUCUUGCAGUAUCUUCAAAAGGUUUCAAAAGUCGGUUGUAUACCGAAUCAAACUUACCUUGUAAGUGCUCACCAGAUGGGCACAUGUCGAAUGGGUGUAGAUGCUGGAACUUCGGUAGUUGAUCAGGAUGGUGAAAGUUGGGAGACGAAAAAUCUGCAUGUGGCUGAUUCCAGUUUAUUCCCUAGUGCAGUAGGAGUAAAUCCGAUGAUCACAACCAUGAGUCUAGGAUAUUCGGUAGCAAAGGCUAUCAUAAAUAAAGAUUCUUCAAAGAUGAACAGCAAACUUUGA